UGUAUUUGUAAGCAAAUCGUUUUCUAAAAUUGUAUCUUUAUUCUAAGUGUAAAUGAAUACUUUAAAAUGAUAUAUGUUACUUACAAAAUAUAAAGACACUUCUGUGUAAACCUACUCACCUUUGUGGUCGUAUUUGAAUGAAUUAAUACGAUUAGAAAUAGACGUAAAAAUGACUGCCGACACUGUGGACAAUCCAACCAAAACGUUUAAAUACUCAUUCCCUACGUGUACGAACGAGGAUGUGUUGUUCAAACUGGAGGUGCCCGUACAGAUACCUCACGAGGGCUCCACGAGGGAGUUGGUGCAGCGAAUCCUCAACAUGUUUCACAUACCGGUCUACUUGGAAGAUGAUCUGAAUGAGAAACUAGCAGAGUUUGUGGCAGAGGAGACAAAGAAUUUCCACAAUGACAGAGACGAGAAGCUACUGAACCAGCUCAAAACUAGUGAAAUCAAUGUAGAAGGUAUCAUCAAAAACUGGGAGAAACUUUUCAAAGAUAAUGUGAUGGAGUUUGCUGAACAGAAAGGCACGUCUGAUGAAGAAGUGUUUGCAGCUGCUUACCACAAGUUGGUGCAUUCACCGGCCUUGGAGACAAUAUUACAAGUGGAAAAUUCGUAUGCAAAGACAGUCACAAACAUGUUAAAGAACAGAGAUGAAGAUAUUGAGAAGCUUACACAGAGGCAAACAGAGGAAAUGGACGAGAAAAUGCAUCUACUAAAGUUAUCAACAACCGAUGACCAAUCAUCAGAGCUCAAUGAUGAUAUCAACGACCUCGCGCGCCGCCAUUUCGAUGAGCAGUCACUGGUGACCGCUCGCUGGGGUUCUCAGAUCGAUGCCUUGUGUCAAACGCAGCGAGCGCAGCAUCGGACCUGGCUGAUGAACACUCUGGAUGAGUAUCAGACCACGUCAGCGUUAAAUACACCCAGUAAUUCCCCACUGGCGACGUUCUCCCCUGAGCGGCUGAUGACACCAGCGAUGGCGCCCCACCAGCGGAUGGAGGAGAGCUUCACCAUCCACCUCGGCAGCCAGCUCAAGCAGACCCACAACAUUCGCAUCGUCGCCAUGGACCUCCUGGACUUGUGCACCGUGCAACACGUGGACAACCCUACGGAGGCAUCUCGUCGGCUGCAGACGUCGCUGGCGCUGUACUCGGGCGAGCUGUCGGGCGUGGUGCUGCUGGCCCCCAGCGGAGCCCCCACCGCGCCCGCAGGGCUCCACGCCGCCGCCGCCGCCUCCGCCGACCACCACUUCCCGCCCCUCGACGUUCAGCUCAAGGAUAUCGCCGACAGGAUCAAGGAACCGUUGGAGGCGCGAAACGUACAGCGAGCAGGGUCUGGGACUGGGUCAGGGUCUGGAUCUCGGGGCGGGCGCCUGUCGGCCGGCGACGUGUACGUAACACGUCACAGCAACCUGGCAGACGCUCACCUCGUGUUCCACCUGGUCGCAGACGACGCUGCGCUGCGAUCUGGAGACAUCACGUCGCGCCACCCGGCCAUCCUGGGGCUGCGCAACAUCCUGAAGGCUGCGUGCUGCAAUGACGUCACCACCAUCUCCCUGCCGCUGCUGCUGCGACAUGAUCUCGACGAGGAGACGACGGCGGCGUGGUGCGGGCGGCGCGCGGAGCUGGUGCUGAAGUGCGUGAAGGGGUUCGUGCUGGAGGCGGGCGGGUGGGGCGGCGCCGAGCUGCGCACGCUGCAGUUCGCCGCGCCGCCCCGCACCGCGCCCGCGCUCUUCAUGGCGCUCGCGCACCACCUGCCCGAGAUCUUCCGCCUCUCCAACCCCGUCAAGGUGAAGCCGCCCCCCUAGUGCCCCACUCCCUCCCCCUCCUAGUUCCGCCCCCGCGCUCUUCAUGGCGCUCGCGCACCACCUGCCCGAGAUCUUCCGCCUCUCCAACCCCGUCAAGGUGAAGCCG